CAUAACUCAAAAUCACACUAGUAAGCCUCAAAGCUUGAAUAUAACACAACGCGUUUCAGAUGGAUUUAAUACUAACUUGAAAUACAGAUUAUGAAGAAUCACUACAAGGCACAGGCAAUAAUCUUCAAGGUAAACUCAAGGUCAAAAGAAGAUUGAUCGGAGGACAAAACUAAAAUAAAUUCACUCAAGGAUUGAAAAAAGCUGAAACUGAAAGAUGGAGGAAGACCAAGAAACAAAAGAGGGAGUAGUGAAGAUAAUAAGACCCGAAGGUGAAUUAGAAGAGUCAACCGAGUUUUUGGUUAGUGAGGAGUUUGAUCACUUGGUAAAAAAGUUGCACCCUGAAAAAACAUUACCCCCCUCUUUAGUUACUCGCGAGAAAUGGGGCGCUGUGCCCCCAAAAUAUAGAGAACCCCUUUGUACCCCCGCCAAAUUUGUGUAUAUAAUGGACACCAGGUCGGAAUUCUGCACUUGUGAAGAGUCUUGUAGCAUUGUGCUAAAGAAACUUCAGCACCACUAUAUGGAGGAAAAGGGUCUACCGGACAUACCAUGGAACUUCCUGAUUGGAGAGGAUGGACGGGUUUAUGAGGGGAGGGGGUGGGUUACAAAUCCCAGCAAAGUUUUACCAGAGACGCAGGAAUAUGAUUGCAGAUCUCUAGACAUCGCGUAUAUAGGCAACUACCAAGCUAAACUGCCGAGCCAUGAGAUGACCAUGACGAUGGACAAAUUAGUAGUCAUUGGACAAGAAAAGAACAUCAUUGAUUGGGAGUAUGAAUACAAGUCAGAAUUAUUGAAUGACUUUGUAGAACCACCAUUGGAGAGUAAACCAUAG